AUGGAAGGUUUCUGUGGGACAAGCAAGAAGCUUCUAAUUUGGUCAGGAUUUUGGUUUGAAGGGAAUACCGUGAAAUCAGUGCAAAAGUUCAAGUGUUUCAUGAGCUUUUCCCUUGCCUUCACCUUUGUAAUGUUGCCUGAAUUGUACUUUAUUUAUCAGGAGAGGAAUGAUAUGCUUAAAGUGUCCGGUUGCAUUUCUGAAGCACUUACCAAUCUUCUCACCUUGACCAAAAUGAUUAUUGUCUACAGGAAUAGGGAUAAACUUCGGACGCUCUUCAACGACAUGAGGGAAACGUGGCAAGGAAUGGAAAUCACUGAUGAGAUUCAAAGAAUUAAAUGUGCUUCAAUGAAGCGUGUAGAUGUUCUUUCAAGAGGUUUUGCCUAUACUUACCUUUCAUUGGCCGCUAAUUUCAUGCUAAAUCCACUUAUAACGCAAAUUAUUGCUUCCUACGUGGAAAAACAAUCAAUCUCUCUUGCUGAACUCCCAAAUCCAAUAAAAAUAUCCUUCCCAUUUGAAAUAAGAAGAAAAAUCAUUGACUUUUCAACGAUCUACGCUGGAGUUUUCUUUGGGGAAAUGAUAACGUUGGCUAUUCUCAUGGGUUUCGAUACACUGAGUAUUUGCCUGAUGAACUUCUGUGGAGAUUUGUUCAAAAUCCUCGCCCAAUGCCUCCGUACUAUUCACAUUGAACUAGCAUCAUCCAACGUUGAUGAUGACGUUGUGAACAGUCUGCAAUCAUGGACAGAACAGAAAGCUCAAGAAAUGAUUAGAAAAUUAAAAGAAAUCAUCAGACGACACAAUCAAUUCAUUGGCUUCUCCCAUCGCCUGGAGGAAAUUCUGAAUCUAAUGAUGCUAGCUCAGUACAUGAGUAGUACCUUUAUGUUCUGCAUCGUUGGAUUUCAGCUUACAAUUCUUCUAAAAACUCCCUACGACUUCUCCAUUCUAAUGACCUACUGCAUCUGCCUAUACUGCCAGCUUUUCAUGUUCUCAUGGUUCGGUUCGUACCUCACAACAUCCUCCCAUGAUGUCUCACUGGCAGCCUACGAGUGGGAAUGGUUUGCGGCACCGAACAACAUUAAAAAGGAAAUUAUUCUAAUUAUUUUGCGAUCUCAUCGUCCUGUGGGGGUCACAGCUGCUAAGUUCUACUACAUUUCCAUUGAGAGCUUUGCAAAAGCUCUCAGUUCUGCAGUUUCCUACUUCACAUUGCUUCAAACAAUUUAUGAGGAAUAG